AGUAGAAAGUUUUUGUUUGUAAUGAGGCAGUGCCAUUGCACCACUAAAUCCAUGUAAACCCUGUGUGUCAAGAUGGAUUUGCAUUGAAGAGUGUGUUCACACCAGGAACCUCGAGCUGAAGGAAUCCCCCCUCCUUCCCCUUUUCUUUCCUUCUGGUCUCCUUUGACCUCUGAUUUAGUUUGCGGCAAGCGGACAUUACCAGCCUCAGGAAUGGCACUACUCCCAUGUCCACAAUGCCAUUUUAGGCCCAUUUGGGGAGCUGAUGACUGAGAGUGACCUAAACCGUAUUGAGAAGCAAAUUGAAAACCUGCAGGUCAUGCACAAGGUCUCAGAAGUCGAGAAGGAGCUGGAAGAACUGGAGCGGGAGCUUCACCAGCUUCUACCGGUUUCUGCUGCCCUCAAUCAAGGGCACUUCUCAGUUAAUCCAAAGCAGGUACAUGGUCAAGCUGAAGAUCUUCCAGCCUGGUGCAGCAAGAUUUCUACCCUGCUCAAGAGUAUGGCCAUUCUUCUUGCCACCCUGGGGGGAAAAGAGAUAGAUAUCUUGGAUCUAAUAUGUCCUGGAUAUUCUCAAGAAGAAGCAAAGAAUGGGAGCACAGGUCAGCCUGAACCAGCAGGAUCUGUUAGUACUGGCUUUAUUGGACGAUCUCAGUCCUUCUCAACAAGAGAGGAUGUAGAGAAGGAGAUAAAGCAGUGUGGAGUUUCAGUGAAGAACCUCAAGGCCAAUUACGAAAUUCAGAAUCAGCAGUCUGCAGAUAACAAUGCAAACAGGGUGUACAAACGCAAGAGAUCACUCCCUGUGGUAAGUGAAUCCAGUAAUCGUCCAGAAACAAUUCGUGAGGAUGAUGUCCCUGAUUCUUCUGCUGAGGUCCUUCAGUCCCAUAUCAAUGGAGAUUUACCUUCAGUGGAGGAAUCAGUGUUACCACUUAUUGAAGAGCCAGUUAUAAUUGCAUCUCAUGCUCCUGUGACGUAUGUGCCCUCUGAGGUAAUGGCUCCAACUAACAUUGAACAGUUCAAUCAGGUUCUUUCUGCAGACCCUGUUUUAAAUGAUGAUCAACUAACAAGAAGCUUGGAGGUGCAGACAGAUCUAAGCUAUGUCCAGGAAUGCAUUGAAAUGAGGAAAGAAAGAAUCGUCUUCCUGUUCCUUGAGCACUGGCGGAAGUACACAAUCUCGGAGUCCUAUCGGACUAAACAUACUGGCAGGAGAGGAAAUAAUUUACAUGUGGGCUGGGAGGACUAUGACCAAUUCAGUGCACAGAUUGGUGGGGAGAUGACGAGUGAAGACGACAAACUCCUUCUUUUCAUGAAGUCAAAGCAGGUAGUAGGGAAUCUGAUUGGUCACUGGAGGACAAUUAUGAGUCAAGUGCCCACACGCCAGAUUCGCAGGCUGAGUCGGGCCCAGAUGAUCUACUGGCCCGAGCACUUCUUGCCACACAUCAACGGGUCUCCUGUGAGCUACGAAAGCCUAACUCUUGACCUCUUUAUGCUUGGUUACUUCCAGUUGCUGGAAAUGAACAUGUCUCGCAGUGAGCGUAAAUUCCGACACCUCUUGUGCUAUGAGAUGUUUGACCGUCUUGGCAGCCAUAAAUGGGAGGUUAUACGGCAGUUUCACAAGGAGGUCAUGGAGGAAAUUGAGAGAGGGAAGAGAGACUGGACGGACGGUUUUGAAAACAUAAAACACAAAUAUUUCGGAGACUCAAAUGAUGGGGGAGGUGUGAUGACGGCUUCUCUACGCUCUAUGUCUCCUGACAUGUCCGUUAUGCCAUUGCAGGAGUCACUCCCUCCCCCACCUCCUCAUCCUCCACCUCCUCCACCACCUACCCAUCCUGCACCUCCACCACCUACCAAUCCUGCACCCCCACCUCAGUCUGCUCCACCUGCACCAUCACAAGAACCCUCCCCACCAGCACCACAAUCAAAUGUUUCUCCAUCAUCAUCACCUGCUGCAUCCCAGAAUGCCAUACCUGACAAUGGCCAGUCUGUGCAGCAGGGAACAUUGAAGGAGGAAAAUACUCAAGGGGAUGUAAAAAACAGUGCGCAGCCAUCAUCAAAUCAGACAGUGGUUUCUAAUGGAAAAAGUUCAGAGCAGGACCAUAUACAGAGUUUGACAACCAAAACUGUACAACAAACUGAUGCAACAGCAAAAGCUGAGACACUGCAGGACACAACAGAAAGCUCAGCACCAGAUCCAGUAAAAGAUGUUCCACCUGUUACUGUUAAAAUCAUAGAGGAACCUCACGUCAAUAAACCCCCACCCAGGGAUGAACAUAAAGAAGACUCAAUUAAAGUUAUCUAUGAGCUAAAAGAGUUCAGCAAUGAGGAAAUCAUCAGAUACAUUGAUCGAAGCUUUGCUUUUUGGAAAGAGAAGGAAGCCGAGCUUUUUGAUAUCUGACAACUACGUGGACUAAAGGUUUGCUAAAAGCCCAAUUCACUUGUACAACCAAAGAGGAAAUGCAUAAACAGCAAGAUCAGGGAAAUUAACCUGCAAAGUGGAGUAUGCUGAGAGAGGAAACUAAUCUGGUGUGUUAGCUUUUAGGCCAUGUCACAUAAGGGACUUAACGGCGGCAAAGCAAAGAGCAUCCACUUAGCUGUACCUGCUUUACAGUUUGCAUAUGCUGAAGUAGAUGUAAAGAAAGUCUGUGAUGUCAGAAGACAUAAUUUUAGUACAACUAUUUAAUUUUGAGUUGUGCUGCACCGAGAGCUUUUUGAAUCUAGUUUGAUUGGUUGCCAUGGUACACUGCUUCUAGGAAAACAGGUUUUAAAGGAAAAGAUUUGCCAUAAAAGUCAUGUAAUGUGUUUGUUCAGGUCAUCUUUGUCAUGAAGGAAAUAACUGGUAAAACUGCACACUUUGCUUAUAUUGAAUACUUCGGGGUUCACUUCAAAUCACACUCUGGUUAGACAUUUACAAGAAAUAAAAUAGCUAGAGAGGGGGAAGAAUAAUCAUUUUAAGGGAUAUUUGUCAAUGACUCAGUAUUUCCUAUUAGGGCACAUUAUUUACAUAAGUAAGUAAGAUGUGCCUACAUAGGCGGGUUCACAACAUGAGUACACUCUGCUUGUUACACACACAGGGACACAUGGAUGGGUUGCAGGUGGGUGAAAUAAUUCAUCAUUAAUGAGAAAAAUACAUACAUUCUCUAAAAUGUGAUCAGAGCAGAGAGCAGAACUGCUGUCCGAAACCCUAUUAAGAGAGACGCUGUGCGCAUCUACACACCGGGAACAGCAUAACUUCAUUGAU